AUGUUGCCUUACUUCUUGUGUUAGUCUAUUUGCGUUUUUUGCGUAACUUACGUAGCAAAAAUCACGUAACACCGCCCUGACAACGGAAGUGUACACCGGUGCUAAGACGAUUCACCAUCCUGCAAUGGAAAAUUCACGUACAGACACCUUCUUGAUAACUGGGGGAUGUGGAUAUUUUGGUUAUCGCCUGGCGUGCUCCCUGCAUGAGAAAGGAGCUAAAGUCAUUCUGUUCGACACAGUCCCUCCAAACCAAGAACUUCCAAUGGACAUUGUGUUUGUUCAAGGAGAUAUACGCGACUAUGCUCACGUCGAGAGAGCAGUCAGUGCGGUGGACUGUGUAUUCCACAUCGCCUCCUAUGGCAUGUCUGGCAGGGAGCAGCUGAACCGGGAUCUGAUCGAGGCGGUGAAUGUUCAAGGCACACACAACGUCCUGGAGGCUUGCGUUGAGCACAGAGUGUCCAGGCUGGUUUACACCAGCACCUUUAACGUAGUGUUCGGAGGCCAAGUGAUAGAGAACGGGGAUGAAAGCCUCCCUUAUCUACCUCUCCAUCUUCACCCCGACCACUACUCCCGAACCAAGUCCCUGGCUGAGAUGGCAGUGUUAAAAGCCAGCGGCACAGCGUUGAAAGGGGGCUCUGGGGUGCUGAGAAGCUGUGCUCUGCGUCCUGCAGGAAUCUACGGCCCUGGUGAGCAGAGGCACUUGCCCAGGAUAGUUGGCUACAUAGAGAAGGGGAUCUUUAGGUUUGUUUACGGUGAACCCAGCAGCCUGGUGGAGUUUGUCCAUGUGGACAACCUGGUGUCAGCCCACGAGCUCGCUGCAGAGGCUCUGACUUCAAGAAGGCAGCACCGCUCUGCUGGUCAGGCCUACUUUAUAUCAGAUGGCAAGCCUGUCAACAAUUUUGAAUUCUUCAGACCUCUGGUAGAAGGUUUGGGCUAUCCUUUCCCCAAACUGCGCCUUCCUGUCUCUAUUAUUUACUUCUUUGCCUUUCUCACUGAAAUGAUUCACCACCUCAUCGGGCCCUUCUAUAACUUCCAGCCACUGCUGACACGUACAGAGGUGUAUAAAACUGGAGUGACGCAUUAUUUCAGUAUGGAAAAAGCUAAGGUGGAGCUCAGUUAUGAGCCCCAGGAGCACAACCUGGAUGAGGUUGUACAAUGGUUUAGAAGCAGAGGCCACGGGAGGAAAUCUCACAGCUCCUUCCUCUAUCGAUUUGUGCUUGACGUCCUGUAUGUUGCUGCCUUUGUUGCUGUGGCUCUGUCUCUUCUUCCACUUGUUGGCAGCUGAU